AAGUUGUUUGAUCGGUGUUUCCUGAAGAGGAGGGUGGCUUGCUGGUUGAAGUUUGUUGAAAGUGACCCUUAUCCGCAUCCAAAUGGCGAAUGUUUCUGUCGACGGUUUAAUUCUGAAGCUUCAUGAUGUGAACGCGGUAAAGUUUGGAGAAUACAAGCUGAAGAGCGGGUUGCUGACACCGAUUUAUAUCGACCUGAGGGUUCUGGUUUCCCACCCUGCUUUGAUGAAUCAGGUUUCCAGCCUCAUCUACCAGCGAGUGCAAGAGGAGAAACUUCAGUUUAACUCUGUGUGUGGGGUUCCUUACACGGCCCUCCCUCUGGCCACAAUUAUCUGCUCCAGAAAUGAACUCCCCAUGCUCAUCAGGAGGAAAGAGGCCAAGGAUUAUGGAACCAAGAAGAUGGUGGAGGGGUCAUUUCAAGAGGGCGAUACGUGUUUAAUCAUUGAGGAUACAGUGACCAGUGGCAGCAGCAUCCUGGAGACAGCAGAGGUGCUAAACAGGGAAGGGCUGAAGGUGACGGAUGCCAUUGUGCUGAUGGAUAGAGAGCAAGGAGGGGUGGAGAUGUUGGCAUCUCGGGGUAUUCGGCUCCUGCCAGUCAUCUCCAUGUUUAAGCUGCUGGAUGUGCUGCUUGCUGCCGAACGCAUCGACGCCCAAACAGCCCAGAAUGUAGGCAAGUUCAUCCUGGAGAACAACACCUUCAGUCCCAAGAAAACAAACGGCAGUCAUGUUCCAGCUCCCAAGAAGCUGUGUGUACAACCAAAGCCAGGUUUAACUUACGCAGAGAGAUCUGAGCUACCAAAAAUCAACCCGCUGGCCUCCAAGCUGCUUAAGAUCAUGGAGGAGAAGCAAUCGAAUCUUUGCCUUUCUGCUGACGUGACAAGCAGCAUGGAGCUUCUCCAGCUGGCUGAGUGUCUUGGUCCAAAGAUCUGCAUGUUGAAGACUCACUGCGACAUCCUGAAGGAUUUCACAGAGGAGUUCAGUCAGAAGCUCCAAGCCGUGGCUGAGAAACACAACUUCCUCAUAUUUGAAGAUCGCAAGUUUGCAGAUAUUGGAAAUACAGUGAAGCAUCAGUAUGAGGGCGGUGUGUUCAGGAUCUCGUCUUGGUCUCAUAUUGUGAACGCCCACGCUGUGCCGGGGCCCGGGGUCGUGAAGGGCCUCAGCGCUGUGGGGAAGCCUCUGGGGCGAGGCUGUUUGCUUAUUGCACAGAUGAGCUCCCAAGGAUCUCUGGCUACUGGUGAAUACACAAAGGCUGUGGUAAAAAUGGCAGAGGAGCACUCAGACUUUGUGAUCGGGUUCAUCUGCAGCUCAAAGCUGGUUGAAAAACCGGAAUUUAUCCACAUGACCCCUGGUGUGCAGAUACAGGCUGGAGGAGAUUUGUUGGGCCAGCAGUACACAACCCCUGAGGAGGUGAUCUACAACAAAGGCUCUGACAUCAUCAUUGUAGGACGAGGCAUUUUGGAGGCAUCUGAUAGGCUUGAAGCUGCCGAGUCGUACCGAAAGUCAGGCUGGGACGCUUACAUGCGGAGAUCGGGUCAGAUUGCUCAGUAAAACGUUCAGGAGUAGAAGUGCUGAACGACCGCCAAGAGCCUCUGUGGGAGGAAAGCAAACAUUCAGGGACUUUCUGGCCACUAGAAAUGAGUAACACAUGGUACCUGUAAAGAUGUUAUCAGUUCACAUCCAGCUGUCUCAUUUAAACACUUAGUUGUGUUUUGAAUUUAAUUUCUUCUAUCAAAAGCAGGCCUUAAAUAAUUAAGGGGAAAGUGCUUUGUUCUUCCUGAUGGACCACAGUUACAGUCAUUACAUAUUAAAGGGAGAUCACAGAUCAGGCUUUUCCUUUCAAUAACUACUUCCUGUUUUAUUUGAGAGAACUAUACUCCACAUUGCCUCAUAAAGGCCAUCUGGAUGGCCUGAGUUAAGUCAUCUUUGCUCACUGUAUGCAUCAAAGCAGACAUCCCUCAUAGUGCAUCACUAUACGUUCUGCAGGUUAAUAUGUUUAUAGACAUAAAUUGAUUGGAGCAUUCGGUUACCAGAAAAACUAGUAUUUAAUCCGCCAAAUUCAGAGAAAAAGAUUCAGUUUCUGGCUGAUGAAAUGUGGCGUCACUACAUGUCAUCUGUUUGGUGAAGACCUCCUUUUGUCAUUUUUCAAUACUACCCUGUAUUUUGUAGAUUUAUCCUGAAAUACUGCAAAGGGUUACUGAGUUUUACAAAUAUAUCGAUAUGGUGAUUUGAAUUUGGGCAAUAAUAAAAGAGCAUACUGAUAGUUAUCAGUUCUAUGGUGCUCUAAAAUGUAUCAUAAAUAGAUCUACUUUUCUUUACUCCAACUUGAAAAGUAUUAACAUUUGUUCUUGUAUGUGAUUACAGAGAUAUUCCUUUGUUUUCUUCAUUAGCAUCAAAAAGCUUUAAGAACUCAUAAAACAUGUGACCAACUUUAUCAGUGUUUGCCUGCUUGACAUUGGGGUUUUUUAUUUUUUAUUUGACGUCUUUUAUGACAGUUUUGCAACAUGAAACUGCUGGUAAUGCUGAAUGACGAGCAAAAGGGAACAAAACUUGAUUUAUUACUGUACUGAGGAUCAAUGUUUGCCGUCCUUUCUUUGUAACAAAAAAAUUAGGCAGUACACAUGACUUGUGGCCUGAUCUAAGUGUUUAGCAGAGACGGUAAAAACUGUUUACUUGAUAAAAUGUUGUAUUCAUGCUAAUGGUGUUAGAUCUGUUGUAUUUCCUGGAAUCAUGUUCCUACUCAUACAGAAAUGUAUGCAAUAUGCUUCUAAGUUUUUUCUAAGCCUGGAGUAUUUUCUGGCUUUCAGUGCUGUAAUUCCUGAAUCUGAUUUCCUAAAAGAUAAAAAUUUUGAUUUUGAAAAAUAA